UGCCGGCCGGUGCUGCGGGGCGCGUCCCGGCGGCGGGGGCGGGAGCGGGAGCGGCGGGGCCGGUGCGUGCCGAGCCGCCCCCCCUGCUGCCCGGCCUGCUGUUGACAAGCGGCGGCGGGAGGCAGCGCGGUGCUGGCCGGCCGGCCCCAUGUGGCGGACGCUGGCCAUCGCCUCCGCCUUCUUCCCGGGGCUCUUUGCCUUCUGCAUCCGGGCGCUGCGGUGGGCCGCCCCGGGAUGGAGCCUCAAGGACCGCAUCCUCCUCAGCGGCAGGUUGGUGUCGACGGUCCAAGCCACGAUGGCCACAGUGUCAGGGAUCAUGGUUGUCCUCAACUGCAAGGAUGUGGUGCAUGACAGGCACUGGCUGGCCGUGGAGUACAUCUGGGUCCUCGUUCCCUACAUGACCUAUGACAUUUACGUCAUGUACCUCUGCCACUGGCACAAGAGCCAGGACAGGGGAGUUGUGGAGAAGAAGCACUCGCUGGCCAGCGUGUGGAGCUUCCUCCUGCAGGAACGCCUGAUGGUGACCCAUCACCUCUUCAUCCUCAUCGUGCUCACCCCCAUCACCCAGCACUUCAGGGGAGAGCUGGGGGACUUCUUUGUGGGCUGCAUCUUCAUAGCAGAGCUGAGCACGCCUUUUGUAUCACUGGGCAAAAUCCUCAUGCAGCUCAAAAUGCAGGACACGCUCCUGCACAAGGUGAACGGGAUCCUCAUCCUGGUGACCUUCUUCCUCUGCCGUAUUCUCCUCUUCCCCUUCAUGUACGCGGCCUAUGCCAGGCAGGUGGGAAUCCCCAUUUACAUGGUGCCUUUCCGCAUCCCCCUGCACUGCAACAUCGCCAAUGCCUCCCUCAUCGCCCCCCAGCUCUACUGGUUCAGGCUCAUCUGCCACAAAGCCGCCCGACUCUACGGCCGCUCGCCCGCUGACAAAAGCAGAUAACGGCUGGCAGUGGCAGCCCAGUGCGGGGGCUGGAGAAAGGUCAGUCCUCCCCCAGCUCUUCCACCUUCACUGCUAGUGCUGCGGGGACCAGCAUGGGAGCAGAGCGGUGGAUGCAGCGAUACCGCCGGGCUGUCGUAGCUGGAAGCAGCCUCGCAGUCUCCACCGCCGUGCCAGGCAGCACCAGCCUGGGCUAGGAAGGCUUUCUUCCCACGCCACUCCAGUGCCUUGCGUCCUCCCACCCAUGGGAGCCGGGGUAGGAACCGGCCCAUAAACACGACAUUCCUUCUGGGAUUCAAUGCUGCAGCACCCAACUAAAGGUUACACGAGAGGGGUUUGUUACAACCCCCCCGCGCCACAUCUUUCAGGGCUGACACCAGACACCGGCACAGCGCGGUGUGAAGAAGCCUGGAGCCAGCAGGAGAGGUGAUGCUGCAGCGUGCCCAGCUCCAUCCGGCACCGCCGGGAACAGGGAAGCCGUGUGCUGGACCUGCCGCAGCCCCAGCUUGCUCCUCCGGCUCUGGUUCAGCCUCCAGCUGAGAGCAGAGGGUUCUGCAGAGCCCAUUCCUGACCUUCACCAACCUCGCCUCUGCACUACAGCCGCAUUCAGACUCUUACCUCCCACGUGCACCUCCUGCUGCUGCUGGGCGCAAUUUAAGACUCCACUUAACUCAAAGGUGCUCUCUACUACAACUAUCUGGUGUUUGUGGCUGACAGUCCAGGGUCAGGGGGCCUCCAGCAUUCCCAGCAGGGCUGGAGGGGAGGGAAGCUCACAGCCGGACAGAGGGAUGGUCAUGCUGCCUUGGAGCAAUGCUGGCAGGGCAGAGCAUCCAUGGCUGAAGGGCAGCAAACUGCCAAGUCCUCAUCUCACCAACACACAGGGGACUCUGCAGAGCCCUUCGCUGGCAGGGGAUGUUACCUUCCACCCGCCUCUCCUAACUGCAGUUGCUUUUAUCCGCCCUGCAUUCCCCCGGCAGGUAUUUAAAAUAGUCUGGCACAUCCUGCCCUGCUCUCCCUCCAGCCAGCACCAGCAGCACCCCACGGGUACCGGUACAGCCCGAGCUCUGGUCACUGUGGUCCAUUCCUCCCGCCCCAUCCCACUCCCCCACGGGGUGAGGUCUGCCAGGGAGGGAGCUGGGUGAGUGUAGGAGGAGCCAGCAAUCCCAGAGCAGGGCACCAAGCUGUGUCCUUCACCAGUUCAGCCCAUUUCCACCUCCAGUUGCAGCAAAAAGGGUGCAGGCUUCCUGGCUUGCCCUGCACCACGGCAUUCACGAGCCUUGCGGGUGCAUGCAAGCCAGGCAGCAAGUUCAGUUCCUUCUCUGCAGCCAGCACAAGCCAGGGCAGCCACCCCCUCCCUGCAGCCUCCCAUGCUUGCCCUGCGGGGGCGGAUGGGUGGGGUGGGGGGGGGUGUCCCCUGCUCCAGAGCAGGUCACCACACCAGCACAGCCCUGGCAGCCCCCUGACCCUGAGACCUGUGGCCCCUCUGUGCCUUUCAUUCUGUCUAAAAACAACGGUUGCGCUCUGGGAGACCUGGUUCUUUGGGGUGUUGGAUCUUGGCCCAGCCACGGCUGUAUUCUAGAAAGAGCAAAACAAACGGCCUCUUCCAACACGUGGUCGGUUAUUGCAGAAACACUACAGUUACAUUAACGAUCGAGACCAGCUGAUGUUAUAAACCGCUUGCAACCUGUUACAGAUGUUUAUAUAUCUUGCUGUUUUCAUUGCAAAUAAUGUGCCUUAUGUAAGGACCAAAAAAAAAAAAAAAGCCAAUGAGGCAUCUCCGUUUGCACUAACACUGCCCUGUUUACUGUCAGGAGACCAAUAAAGAUUUCCUUUCUGAGUCACACCAC